AUGGGAUCUUGCUGUGGCACUUUCAAAGUCUCAUCUACGUGUCCUCAAGGACAUAAGGAUGCUGAUCAAGAAAAUAUAGCCCAAAUGAGGAGGAAAUUGUGGAAAGAUAAGGCUAAGGUAGCUCCUCAGCUGAAUAUAAGAAUAAAUCCUUUAUUUAUUCAUCGACUAGAGAGAUGCCAAUUUGUAAGUCAAAAAUCACUUCCUACAAUGGAUGGAUUCUCUUCCUCAGGUGACCAGUCAGCUACGCUUGCAAGUCCAGUUUAA